AUAGGCAGACACACGAUGAACAAAGUCGGCAAACCGCCUGCGCAACUCGUAACUACGUACGCCGUAGACCCGCGUUGUUGUGUCACGGUUGGCGUUCCAGUUUAACUUCGUCCGCCACACGGUGUGCAACUCCGUGUUUCUCCUCCACAUUUGGACGACCAUCCGCAUUUGUUACUUGUGCCAAUUGCGAGGUAUCGAUAGAGAUAUCGUAAGUGAAGAAGAUUUUCUCUUUCUAUCUCUUUCUCGUUCGUGUAACUCGGUUUGACGAGGUUUGACGAGGUUUGAGACGGAUUAAAGUAAAAUUAUCGACGAGGAAUCGAUUUGGAAAGGAGGAAAAUUGAAGGUUGACAAGUUUUUGCAUGUGAGGAUUGGAAGAGAUUUUGAAUGAUCCACGUGGAUGGUGAGGAAUCAAUUUGUUGAGGAAGGUUCAAUGCGCUUGAUGAGACGAGAUUAAGAUCAAAAGGUGGGAAAAAUUGAUCGUGGACAAAGACCUGAAAUCUUUCAAACUGGGUGACGGAAGAGGAAAACAUCGUAGAGUCAGAAUGGCAGACGAGAGUCAGCAGGAGAGUCAACCUGCGCGUAAGGAGCGGAAAAUUAUGAAUUACUUGCCAUUUUCGCUAAAAAUUUUGGAAAUCAUACUAGCUGUGUUCUCGAUCGGAUUAAUCGUGGAUCCAUUGAAUUCGUUCCAAAAACUUUCGCUCAGAUUACAAUUCAAGCUUGACGAUGCUGCGAUAAUUUACAUCACUAUCGCUGGUUACAUCAUAAUCAACACGCUCUUCAUCAUUUGCCAAAUAUUGGGCGAUCGAAUACCGAAAAGAACGUUAGUAAUAUUUUCCUCGGUUGGGGCGCUCCUCCACAUCGUCGCUGGGAGCGUAAUUGUUUAUAAUUGGAGGAAGAUUAUCGGCCCUUAUUACAACAACAAUGAAUUCUAUCCGAGCAAGCAGUACAUGGACAUGUUCAUAUCUGGGGCCGUGUUCACAUUUGCAAACGCUGUUGUUUUUAUUCUAGAAGUUUUCUUCAUCAUUAAGUUCUCGUCGAAAGGCACAGAGUGAAAAUUUUGAAAUGACGAGGAAGAGGAAAAUAUUUUUGCAAAGAUUAUAUACUUAAUGAAUAAGUUAUUAAUAAUUCAGAAAGAUAUGAAUAUUUAAUAUUAUGUAAAUUUUUCGAGAAGGAAGAGAUCGAAGAAUUAUUGUUGUAAGGAAUAAUGAUUAAUUUUUGACGACGUUUAAUGAUUUUAGACGUUUAAAACAUCUUUUUAGAAUAUAUAUAUAUAUACAUAUAUAUAGAAGUAUGAAUGGUAAGUGUGUAAAAUAUAUCAUAGUUGAUAGGAGAAAUUUUAUUUUAUCACAAUAAUUAAUGAUAAUAAGUACUUUCGGAGAAUGGUAGUUGCAAGAAAUUAUGGAAUAAGGAAGAGAAUCGAAGAAAGAUAAUUUUCCACCAAAUGUGUUCUACAUGAUACAUUGAAAAAUAAUAUGAAGAAAAAAAAAA